AUGACAUAUAUUUUGAUCCAUGUUUCUGAAAUAAACCGUGAAGCUCAAAAAAUUACUCACUGUUCUUUUUCCCUCUUUCAUCUCCAUUGUUAUUCCAAUUUCUUCGAUCUAUCUCAAUCUCAAUUUCUUCGUUAUCAUAGAUUUGAAUUCUUCAUCUUCUACACUUCAAUCCUAAACGGUAGCACUUCAAAUCUUCAAUCGUAAACGGUAACCUCGUUUUGAUUUGUUAAUUUAUCAUUCUAGGGUUUAUAAAUUUGUGAACAGAGUUCAAAAAGUUAACCCUAACCCUAGUGAUUAUUGAUUUGAUUUUUGAAUAAUUAUUAUAAGGAAUGGCCUCUUAUAGGCCUUUCCCUCCUCCGGCGAGUCAAAACCCUAUCGCACCACCACCUCCGCCGCCGCAACAACGGCCAAGUAAUUGGGGUGGUUACGGUUACAGUGGUGUUGUUGAAAUACCACCUCAAAAUUCAAACUUUCAACAUCACCAGCAUCAAGUUCAGCAUCAUCAUGUUCCUCAUGCUCCUCCUCCACCGCCACCGUCGAAUUAUUAUCCAUAUCAGCCACCGCCACCACCUCCUCCACCAGAUAAUUCGUAUCAGCCACCACCACCGCCACCGGGUUCUAUGUAUUAUCCUUCUAAUAAUAAUCAAUACAAUCAUCAACAACAGCAACAACAGCCACCACCACCACCUCCGCCACCAGGUUCUUCAAUGCCACCUCCACCGCCUCCUCCAGCCUCGCCACCACCUCCUCCUCCGACAAAAAAUGAAGUAGAGAGGGUAGACAAUAAAGGGUCAUUGGGUAAACGCGACCGCGAUGGAGUUUCACAUUCGCAUAAACAGCAUCAGAAGUCUUCUCAUGCUCAUCCUCCAAGGAGAGUUGAGACAGAGGAAGAGAAGAGAAUGAGGAAGAAGAAGGAGUAUGAGAAGCACAGGCAAGAGGAAAAGCAUAGGCACCAGCAGAAGCAGUUGAAAGAAUCACAGAAUAGUGUGUUGCAAAAGACUCAGAUGGUGUCAUCUGGGGGAGCUGGAAAGGUGCACGGUUCAAUUGCCGGGUCUCGAAUGGGAGAUAAGAGAGCUACUCCGUUGUUGGGUGGCGAGAGGGUUGAAAAUAGGUUGAAAAAGCCUACAACUUUUUUGUGUAAGCUCAGGUUUCGAAAUGAGCUUCCGGAUCCAACUGCACAACCUAAGCUAAUGGCAUUCAAGAAAGAUAAAGAUCAAUAUGCAAAAUAUACAAUAACAUCUCUGGAGAAAAUGUACAAACCCAAACUCUUUGUGGAGCCAGAUCUAGGGAUACCUCUGGACCUGCUUGAUCUCAGUGUUUACAAUCCUCCCAGUGUCCGCCCACCUCUUGCUCCUGAAGAUGAAGAUUUAUUGCGAGAUGAUGAAGCUGUUACUCCUUUGAAAAAAGAUGGUAUUAAAAGAAAAGAGAGACCUACUGAUAAAGGUGUAGCAUGGCUUGUUAAAACACAAUAUAUAUCGCCUUUAAGCAUGGAAUCGGCCAAACAGUCCUUAACUGAAAAACAAGCUAAGGAGCUUAGAGAGAAGAAGGGAGGCCGCAGUCUUCUGGAAAAUCUUAACAAUAGGGAUAGACGAAUGAGGGAAAUUGAAGCAUCAUUUGAAGCAGCUAAGUCACAACCUGUUCAUGCAACUAAAAAAGAGUUGUAUCCUGUUGAGUUUAUGCCAUUGUUGCCUGAUUUUGAUAGGUAUGAUGAUCAGUUUGUCAUUGCUGCAUUUGAUAAUGCUCCAACAGUUGAUUCAGAAGUGUACAAUAAGUUGGACAAAUCUGUUCGUGAUAUCUCUGAAUCAAGGGCAGUAAUGAAAAGUUAUGUUGCAACAAGCUCAGAUCCUGCAAAUCCUGAGAAAUUUUUGGCAUACAUGGUCCCACAACCAGGAGAGUUGUCAAAAGAUAUAUAUGAUGAAGAUGAAGACGUCUCUUAUUCUUGGGUUCGCGAGUAUCAUUGGGAUGUUCGAGGUGACGAUGCAGAUGACCCCACAACAUUCUUAGUUUCAUUUGAUGAGUCAGAAGCUCGUUAUUUGCCUCUUCCGACUAAACUUGUUUUAAGAAAAAAGAGGGCUAAAGAGGGAAGAUCGGGCGAUGAGGUUGAGCAAUUUCCAGCUCCUUCUAGAGUGACUGUGAGGAGAAGACCAAACGUUGCUGCAAUUGAGCUGAAGGAUUCUGAGGUUUAUACAAGGUUAAAGGGCAAUUCAUCAAAGAACCUAGACAUGGAUGACGAUCUCGACGACCAACAUGGGGAUGCAGAUCACCAUGAUAACUUCCAAUCUAGUGGAGCAGAAGAUGAAAUGUCCGAAUGAUUAUUUGGUGCAGAUGCCACUACCUUAAGCAAAUUUGUUCAAUGAAGUUGGUUGUUGGAUUGGCCAUGGAUCGCUGAGUUUGUAUGUGUUCUAAUGAAGGUUAAAUAAUGACAAAUCUCAUUUUUUAUGUCUAAUUUAACCUAAUGCAUAUACUUUGAGAUUGUAGGCAGCUGUUAAAUUAACAGAGAUUUUGUUUACACACGUUUAUAAUAGAAAAUGUCGAGAAAUAAUGAAAUUUUAAAGCAUGUUAGUCUCCAUGGAA